AUGUCGAUAGAUCGGGGCGCAAUCAGCCGACUGUCUAUGCAAAGGCUUUCCAAACGAUUUAGUCGUAAUAGGGAUUAUGAUCGAGUUGAUGAUACUUCAGACACUCGUGUUCCCCUUCAUAACGAGGGAGCGUUUCAACCGGUUUUGAAAUUUAAAGCAAAGUAUAUUGGAAGCCUCGAGAUCAACAGACCCACAUCUAAACUAGACAUCAUCACUGCUAUGAGGAGAAUAAGGUAUGAAUUCAAGGUGAGAGUCAAAAAGCAGCGUUGUACAAUUGAUAUUUCAACUCAGGGAGUAAAAGUUACAAAAGAGGAAGAGAAGGGUAUACAAUACACUGAUGAUGAGUUGUUUAUGACGCAGCAUCCUAUUUACAGGAUAUUUUAUGUAUCACAUGAUUCACAAGAUCUUAAAAUAUUCAGUUAUAUAACGCGGGAAGUUCCUGACAACUCCUUUAGAUGUAAUGUUUUCAAGGCAUACAAAAAACGCAUGGCUUUACAUAUUGUGCGCAGUUUGGGUCAAGCUUUUGAUGUCUGCCACAAACUCAACCCUCGACCAAAGAAGAAGAAGACUGUGCCUAUAGAUUUUAUGAAAACCAAAAUAAAGUUCCUAGUGUGGCACAGCCUUUUCCUCCUAUGCCAAGUUACAUGGGGAGACCUCGACCCACGUCCAGGACAGAAUACGAUUCAAGAAAAUCCAAUGAUAUCAUCCAAUGACAGUAUUAAGGCCAACAUAUCGCCAUCAAUAUCUCUUGGAGAACCUUUAAAUGAGACUGAUGGAGGCAAUGCAAAUGUACAAACUGGAGCUCCAGGAGCUUGGGAGCUUGAACGUCAACAACUAACAGCUCAAAUGACUCUGCUUACAGAACAACUUCAUGCUGAAACAGCUGCUAGAAUUGAAUCACAGAAAACUGAGAAUGAGGCUUUUCUUCCUCAAGAACAAGAAAACAUUGAUAAAGCUUUUCUUCCUCUCGUGUCACAAGACCAGACCAAUCUUGAUGCAGCCUUUACUCCUAUAGAAACCGAAUACAGUCUCAGUGAUAUCAUAACGUCCAGGAUCCUGUAA